GAGCAAGAUGGCACCCGGUCGCAUGCAAGAUGACAGCAUCGACGAGUCACUCUACUCUCGUCAGCUCUACGUCCUGGGACACGAUGGUCAGGAUGGCUUUGACGCAGCAUGUCCGAAUGCUGAUCCGGGUGCGAUGAUCAGCAAUGCGACGUAUGGCAGCUUCAGACGUCCUCAUCGUCGGUCUGAAAGGUCUGGGAGUCGAGAUAGCGAAGAACAUAUGCCUUGCAGGCGUCAAGUCGGUCACGUUGUAUGAUCCUGCGCCCACAGAAGUAGCAGAUCUAGGCACACAGUUCUUCUUGCGUCAGAGUGACAUUGGCAAGCCAAGAGACGCAUCGACCUUACCACGGAUCUCAGAGCUCAACAGCUAUGUACCCGUUCGCGUGCUCGAAGGCGAGCUCAAUCACGACAGCCUCAAACAAUUUCAGGUCGUCGUAUUGACAGAGGCGCCUCACGAGCAGCAAGUAGCAGUCAACGACUUUACGCACUCAAACGGCAUCCACUUCAUUGCUGCAGACACACGCGGUCUUUUCGGAUCCGUCUUUUGUGACUUUGGGCCAGACUUUGUCGUGGUCGAUCCGACGGGCGAACAACCUCUGUCUGGCAUGAUCGCCGCAGUCCAAAAGGACUCAGACGGACUGGUAGCCACUCUAGAUGAGACACGACAUGGCCUGGAAGAUGGCGAUUUUGUCACCUUUUCAGAAAUAACGGGUAUGACCGAGCUCAAUGGCUGCAAACCGCGUAAAGUGACUGUCAAAGGCCCCUAUACGUUCACGAUCGGAGAUACGUCUGGGCUGGGCGACUACAAAUCGGGCGGUAUCUUCACGCAAGUCAAAAUGCCCAAGAUCAUUCCCUUUCAACCGCUCAAAGACUCCCUCAAAGCGCCCGAGAUUGUCUUUUCUGAUUUUGCAAAGUUUGAUCGGCCGCAUACGCUCAUCGCAGGUUUCCAAGCACUCUCUGCCUUCGCAAAGGCGAAGGGAUCUUACCCUCGACCGCGCAAUGCAGAAGAUGCGGCUCACGUGCUCGAGCUCGCGAAAUCGAUCUACAAAGAGUCUGGUUAUGACGGCGAGCUAGCUGAGCAUGUCAUCAAAGAGCUCGCGUUCCAGGCUCAGGGAGACGUUGCGCCCGUCAAUGCUGUCCUCGGUGGAUUUGUGGGUCAGGAAGUACUCAAAGCUUGCUCGGGCAAAUUCCAUCCUACUGUCCAACAUAUGCUCUUCGAUGCGCUCGAAGCGCUUCCCGAAGGUCUAUCAGAGGCAGAUGUUGCCCCUACCGGCACACGCUACGAUCGUCAGGUAGCCGUUUUUGGCAAAGCUUUCCAGGAAAAGCUUGCAAACAAUCGCCAAUUCCUCGUCGGUGCUGGUGCGAUCGGAUGCGAGAUGCUCAAGAACUGGGCUAUGAUGGGUUUGGGAUCCGGAUCCCAAGGCAAGAUCUUUGUCACCGACAUGGACUCGAUCGAGAAGAGCAACCUCAACAGACAAUUCCUUUUCAGGCCCAAAGACCUAGGCUCAUUCAAAUCUGAAGCUGCUGCAACAGCAGUAGCGGAAAUGAACCCAGAUCUCAAGGGCAAGAUCGAGAGCAGUCAGCUGGCUGUAGGCGAACAGACUGAGAAUGUCUUCGGCGAUGACUUCUUUGACAACAUCAAUGGUGUGACCAAUGCGCUCGACAACGUCGUCGCGCGCCAGUACAUGGACAGGCGAUGCGUCUACUACAAGAAACCGUUGCUCGAGUCCGGCACUCUAGGUACAAAGGCGAAUGUGCAGGUUGUCCUGCCGCAUCUCACAGAAUCAUACUCCUCCUCGCAAGAUCCGCCUGAGAAGUCGCAUCCGAGCUGCACAGUCAAGAACUUCCCCAACCAGAUCGAGCACACUAUCCAGUGGGCCCGUGAGCACUUUGACGACUUCUUUACAAAGCCCGCAGAAACUGUCAAUCUGUAUCUGACACAACCAGACUUUGUCGAAUCUGCCAAGUCUGCAGGACUACAACCUGAUCAAAUCAGACAGAUCGAAGCCAAUUUGGUGACUGAACGACCACUCAGUUUCGAUCAAUGUUUAUCUUGGGCUCGCCUCAAGUUCGAAGAGGAGUACAACAACGAGAUCCGACAGCUGUUACACAGCUUGCCGCGAGACCUGAUCACCAAAGAGGGCUUGCCAUUCUGGUCAGGACCCAAACGGGCACCUACGCCAUUGACCUUCGAUAUUGAGCACCAAGAUCAUCUCGACUAUGUUAUCGCAGCUGCCAAUCUGCGCGCGUUCAAUUACGGGCUCAAGGGCGAGACGGAUCCUGAGUACUUCAAGCGCAAGCUAUCGGAAGUCAUCGUGCCGGAAUUUACACCAAAGAGUGGCGUACAAGUCCAAAUCAAGGAUGAUGAGCCAGUCGCGAAUAGCAGUUCUGCAGUUGAUCCUGACGACAUCGGUGCCCUCGUCAGUCGACUGCCAAACCCGAAAGAGCUCGCUGGCUAUCGCAUGGUGCCUGUCGAAUUCGAAAAGGACGACGACAGUAAUCACCACAUGGACUUUAUCACCGCAGCCAGCAACCUUCGCGCGCUCAACUACGAGAUCCAAACGGCAGAUCGUCAUCGCACGAAGCUCAUAGCAGGCAAGAUCAUCCCAGCUAUUGCGACAACGACUGCGCUGGCCACCGGCCUUGUCUGUAUUGAGCUUUACAAGAUCAUCGCAGGCAAGACAAAUCUGGAAGAUUACAAGAACGGCUUUGUCAACCUUGCACUGCCCUUCUUUGGCUUUUCAGAGCCGAUUGCUGCCGCUAAGCAAAAGUACGACGACACGGAAUGGACUCUGUGGGAUCGAUUCCAAAUCAAAGGCGACAUUACCUUGCGGCAGUUCCUCGAUUACUUUGACAAAGAGCAUGGCCUGGAAGUUUCGAUGGUCAGCAGUGGCGUAUCGAUGUUAUUCAGCGGCUUCAUGCCAAAGAAGAAGAGCGAAGAACGCCUACAGAUGAAGCUGAGCACACUUGUUGAGACGGUCUCAAAAAAGCCGAUACCGCCUCACGUGAAGGAGAUCAUCUCGCGCAUUGACACUUGUACAGCUUCGAGGUCAUGUGCGACUCGAAAAAGACCGGCGAAGACGUCGAAGUGCCUUUUGUGACGGUAGGCCGCAAAUCUUCUGCAUAAGGUCUCUCUAAAACCAUCUGACAGGCUCGCAUCCGCUAGUUCAAGUAGAAAUAGAAGACGAAUGUACUGCAUGCAAAACAACAAUGCCAGCUC